AUGGGCUCACCAUACGAUGAAGAAACUGGCAAACGGUCCAGUAUUGCCGACUAUACUGCUGCCACCCACAAGGGCGGGCACGAUUCAAGUCGAAGAAGAUCCUUGUUGAUUGAUGCUGCUCCUCAGUCAGACCCAGGCAUCAUCAACCAGAGCGACGGAACCCUUCGCAAACUCUCGGCCGCCGUUCCAAACCUUGCCAAUCUUACAGAAGAUGCCAAAAACGGUGCCGACCAGGAGAAGAAGAUGGGAUUUCGUGAAUCAUUGCGGCUGUAUCCUCUUGGUGCCUUCUUCUCCUUUGGUUUGUCACUGGCAGUCGUUAUGGAAGGAUACGAUACAGCGCUUCUGGGCAGCUUCUGGCAGCAACCCGCAUUUGCGCAGAAGUAUGGCGAGCUCGUCAUGAAGGACGGCGUUGAGACACACGUCGUGUCUGCAUCGUGGCAGCAAGCGUUCACAGCCAGCAGCGUAGCCUCGAUGAUUGGUCUCAUGAUGAAUGGCUGGCUGUCUGACCAUUUUGGAUACCGGAAAGUCAUGAUGGGAACCCUUGUGUCCAUCACGUUGUUCUUAUUUGUCACCUUCUUCGCUGUCAAUAUCAGGAUGUUGUUGGCCGGGUAUAUCUUGUCCGGUAUUCCAUGGGGCAUCUUCCAAACCAUCACCACCACUUACGCAGCAGAAGUAACGCCUGUCUCCCUUCGCCCAUAUCUCACCACCUACGUCAACCUGUGCUGGGUCAUUGGUCAACUCCUCGCCGCCGGUCUCCUCAAGGGUCUUCUCACCAUGGAAGGACAAUGGGCGUAUAGAAUCCCAUUCGGUCUGCAAUGGAUUUGGCCUGUUCCGAUCUUCAUCAUCUGCUAUUUUGCACCUGAAUCCCCAUGGUGGCUCGUACGGCACAACAAGAUCGAUGAGGCUCGAGCCGCACUUCUGAAACUCACGUCGAAGAAGAACACGUCUUUCAAUGUCGAAGAGACUCUGGCCAUGAUGAUUCAUACCAACGAACUCGAAAUACAACAGUCCUCCCAGUCCUCCAGCACGACGUAUCAAGACUGUUUCAAGGGCAUAGAUCUUCGCCGGACUGAAGUUACUGUUAUGGUCUGGUUGAUUCAACAGACUUCGGGCUCCGCUAUGAUCGGCUGGGGAACUUACUUCAUGACACAAGUCGGACUAUCGACCAGCGAUGCGUACUCUCUCGGUGUCGGGCAGUACGGUAUGGCGUUCACCGGCACCGUGGCGUCUUGGUUCUUAAUGCCACACUGCGGUCGUCGCACCCUCUAUCUCUGGGGCCAGGGACUUAUGUUUAUCGGCCUCCUUACAAUUGGCUUACUGGGCAUCCCUAAGCUGUCGUCGAGUACUGGUUGGGCCAUCGGCGCGUUGAUGCUGAUUGAAACGUUCAUCUACGACAUCACAGUCGGACCUGUCUGCUACUCGCUCGUAGCCGAAAUCCCCUCAACACGCCUACGCAUCAAGACAGUCGUCAUAUCACGCACUGUAUAUAACCUGGCAGGCAUCGUGAUCGGGCUGCUCCAGCCACGCUUUAUGAAUCCAACAGCUUGGAAUUGGGGCGCCAAGACAUCUCUCUUCUGGGCCGGAUUUAAUCUCAUGGGCUUGGUCUGGACGUUUUUCCGACUACCAGAGCCAAAGGGCCUCACAUACGCUGAUUUGGACGUCCUCUUUGAGAACAAGAUCAGCGCAAGGAAGUUCCAGAAGGUCAAGGUUGACCCGUAUCGAUCGGAGCACUUGGUGACCGUUUCUGAGGACAGUGAGAAGGUCAUCUCAAUAGAGAAUGAGAAUGUUAAACGGGGCUGA